GUGGUGUUUGUGUUUGGCAUUUCUUUUGAUGCUAUCAAGAGGUUGUUCUUAACCAGUCACACGAUACGAAGAGCUCACGUUUAAUUCAGUUAAUCUGCAGGCUUUUUAUUUAAUUUUUUUUAGCAAAGGCUAAACAGCUAACACAGGGGUUGAGCAGGUUUGCUAACGUAACGUUUCAUGGCACAACCCCCCAAAAGAUAUAUGAAGGUAGAGAUGGCUUCUUCAGACUGGCAGCUGUCUUUGAAGCUGAUGGAUCAGCCCAAAUCCAUCUUCCACUUCCCAGAGAUGAUGCCAGGGGAUGUUUCACCUGGAGGAUACAGAGUCGCUACUUUAAAACAACUCGUUGCAGCACAGCUCCCAGACUCCAUCCCAGACCCUGAACUAAUAGAGCUGGUCCACUGUGGGCGAAAGCUUAAGGAUGAUCUAACACUGGAUUCCUGUGGGAUUCAACCGGGAUCUACCAUACACAUCCUCAAAAAAACAUGGCCAGAGCCAGAGAGCAGUCCAGAGCCUGUGAACAGAGCAACUGCAGCCAGGGAGUUCAGGGUCUUUCAUGCUGCUCUUCACUCUCUCAACUCUGCCUACAGAGAUUCAGUAUAUAAAAUGCUGACAAAUAAAGAGUCUCUGGAUCAGAUCAUUGUGGCGACACCAGGGCUUAGGUCAGACCCAGUUGCCUUAGGUGUGCUCCAAGACAAAGAUCUCUUUGUGCAGUUCACAGACCCUAACAUGCUGGAUGUAUUGAUCAGCUCACACCCUGCCCUCGUCAACGCCAUCAUCCUGGUCUUGCACUCUGUGGCAGGUAGUAUGCCCGCUCAGUCCAGUGCCAGCUCUUCUCGCAACGUCUCUGCCAGUUCUUACAGCGAUAUGCCGGGAGGCUUCAUGUUUGAGGGCAUGUCUGACGAUGAGGACGACUUCCAGUCGGGAAGCCCAGCAGGUCCCUCCAACAGAGCGGGAGGCUCAGGAAUGCGACCAGUGUCUCUGAGCCACAGUGGAGCGACGGGCCCUCGACCGAUAACGCAGAGCGAGCUGGCUACGGCUUUGGCCCUCGCCAGCACUCCUGACAGCAGCGCGGUCACUCCGACGACUUCAAGCCAGGUGGACCCCUCCAGCAGUGUAGCCCCUAUGCCGGCAGGGACCCCAGUCAGCAACGAUCUGUUCAGCCAGGCUCUACAGCAAGCUCUGCAAGCCUCCAGCAUGUCUGCUCUACAGGGCCGCUGGCAGUCCCAGAUGCAGCAGCUCAGGGACAUGGGGAUCCAGGAUGAGGAGCUGAUGCUGAGGGCGCUGCAGGCCACAGAUGGUGACAUCCAGGCUGCCCUGGAGCUCAUAUUUGCUGGAGGCCCAGGACUCUGAGCCCAUUCACUACGGACACAGGCUUUUAUAGAGCCGAGAGCGGGAAAAGGCUUGUCACCCCGCUGCCCAGAAAUGAUCAAUUAUGGCUUUAGACAUAUUGUUUUUUUUGUUUGUUUUACCCAUUUUACCUCAAUUUAUAUACAAUACCAUUUCCACAAGUUCCACACAGGUCGUAGCAGCUUUUUCUUGUUGAGGCGACUAGACUUAAAUUUUAAAUAAAUGUAAUCCUGCAUACCCCAUCGA